GCAGGCCCACCAGAAUCCCUUGCGGUCACACCAAAUGACAGUGAGGUCACCAUUGAAAACAACAGUGCCCUACAGCUACAAGUGCAGGUCCAGGACAAGGCGGGAAACCUAACAGUUCAACCAAGGCUUAAUGUUGUCUGCAAGGUAGCUAUGCUAAUGUUCACCCCGUUGUGAUUUAACUAACUGUGGAGUAAUUGCUCCUUAUUCCUAACAUUAGAACUUCAAUUUUAAAAUGCUGGUUCCACAACUUUGUUAAGGAGUCAUGAGGCGUUGAGUAUACUCUGUUCAAGCAAAUUGACGAUUGUUAGACGUUCAUUGCAACUACAUAUUUGAAAAUCCCUGAUAGCUCUGAGCUUUGGAGAAUACACAAAGAACCUCAUACCUUGUUUCCCACAUACGGUAGACUGUUCGUAUUAUUUUAUUGUAGGCAAGCUAAAUAUAAUCUACAUUUACUGCUGUCUCGAGCCCCGUGAAUAUCAGCUUGACCUUGCUGAAGUUUUAGAACCAAAAUUUGAUCAGAAACUUCACCUGCAGUACACUUUGUAUGGAGAAUAACAAAUCAACUAUAAUUUUCCAUGGUCUAUUCCCUUGUCGAUCAUAGAAAUGACGUCAAAAUGUUCAAACACGAGCCGAAGGCGUGCUGCAAAGUUUUCAACUGUCAUUUCUAUGGUCGUUAAUUGUACCGACCAUGAAAAAUUGUCAUUAUUUUUUUCGAUAACACUGAUGUCCAUUUCUGAUGAUGUUUCUUGGGAAAUCAUAUUUAUUUGUUUGUUUUAAUUUUUUUUAACAAAAAGGUACAUUGAAGGCGGCUGCCAUGUUAAAAGCAAUGUCCCAGAUGGCAGGAGAUCAUUUAUAGUAUCAUCGUUCGCAGUGCAAAAUACACCUACUUUGCAGUUUACAAUCGACGACAAAAUUGUUGAGACAUUAUCCUCAAAUGGGAUAACCUCGGAGAACAAAACAAUCUGUACCCCUCCCCCAUCCCGUCGAUUCAAAGUUGGGGUGUUUCUUGUUUUCAACAGGUAGCUCGAACAGCGGUACAACGUUGCAUGGAGGGGGUCAGAGAGGCCCUUUAGGGCAAAGCGUCUCAACUAAUUUUGUGGCCGAUUGUAGGGAAAUCGCGCGAGAGAGAAAGAGAAAAAAAUAUAUAACGCCAUCUUCACUUCAUUUCCGAGUCUCAUCGAGCACAGCUCUCGACCAAUCAGCGUGUGAAAAAUCGCUUUGUUAUUGUAAAACUUGAAUUUGAUAAGAAACAACUACGUGUGUUGUAGCUGACAGACACACCAGGCUUACCAACUUACAUAGGAGACUGCAGUGCAUCUGGGAAGGCCUCCCUAACAGGCGCUGACAUCAGUCUGAAGCAGAUCACCAAGGAAACCAAACUAAAGGCCAAGAUAGAGUUACAGGUUUGUCAUUUGAUUAGGGAAAUGGUGAUGGUCCCUUUUGGCUUUGGUACCAGAGACCUUUAGAUUCAAGAACGAGGACGACUACUAGUGCGAGAUUUGACUUAAAGUUUUUUCGCGUAUUCUCAAAAUAUAGACUCCCCGGAAAGCUUCAUUUUAACAUUUUUCACUAGAAACGUUAGCGCUGUUAUCUUAAGUAAAGGAGGUUACGCGCUCUUUCAAUCCCAAAGUAAUAAAACUUCCAACAUUUGAUAACUUGUUUUCGUCACCGCGACAUUCGCGCUAGAAUUCGUAGUAGAGUGACGACGGCUACCACGUUUUCCCGCCAAAAUGAGGCUGGUUCACGCGCAAGCCCUACUUUGUAUUGAGAAAAUCUCGUACUCGUCUUAGAAUCUAAACCUCUCUACUAUCACCCUACGAGCAGAGCCUGCUUUUGUCCUCUUAAGUGAGGAGGAAAAAAAGGAGGUUCUGUCUGAUUCGCAUGAUCCCAGUGAAGUCGCUGAAGCCAGAACAUCUGGACCAGUCAAUGUUGUUCUCUAUCGUCAAACUGGUUUUCCAAGUGCGACCGACCGUUUAUUGAUGAAGUGAUGGCCAUACCUAAACCCACUGUACCGUGUGCACAGCUUUUAGGCCUGGGUUCAAAAAAGUUUAUCAGCAACAAUUACCUCAUGUACAACAACAAGCUUACUCGAUUUGUGCGGAAUCUUUCUCAAAUACGCCAAAAUCGAGAAAGUUAAAGGAAGGCACUGUCAGCAGGGUGUGAUGCGUAGUCGCAAAGUUCUUACUUUACAUCUUUAAAUUGUAUCUGGGCUUGGCUGACCAACACCCCGAACCUUAGCAUGUUUGUUUGUCGUUUUUGUAAAACACACAACAGUAGCCCUGAUUUAGUGACUGGUAAUGAUCUUUUAGCAUCAUAAAGAGGUUGCAGCAGUGGAAAAGACCAUUAUUGUGACACCCAGUAGUAAAGCAGCAGAGCUGGAAGUGUUUUACAAAUUUCCUGAUGCGAAACAGAAGAAGAAGCUGGACGAUGGACAGGAGCUGCCUUGCACAGCAGGAAACACACUUACUGGACUGAGUAUGUGAUAAACCAGAAAUCAGUGUACUUAGUUUGAUAUGAUUUUUUCGCCCUUGUUAGCCUUAAGUUGCGUAGGGAAUUAUUAUAGGUAAUAGCAUGAUUUGUAGUGAUAUUUGGCAUAAUUAUACCACUACAUGAGAAAUUUCUGCAAUUUGAUUGGCUUAGAGCAGUGGUAUUUCAGCUUAAUUUGAAAUACCUACAUGUGAAAAUUACAAACCUUUUGCGGGUAGUGGUAUAAACAAAUAAUAGCAUGAUUUGUAGUGAUAUUUGGCAUAAAUACCACUCGGGAUAUUUCAAAAUUGUCUCAAAUUUCACUCGCCUAACGGCUCGUGAAAUUACGUAUAACAAUUUCGAAAUAUCACUCGUGGUAUUUAUGCCAAAUAUCACUACAAAUCAUGCUAUUACCUAUACAUACCACGAAUGAAAUUUGAGACUACUUUGAAAUAUCACGAGUGGUAUUUAUGACAAAUAUCACGUAAAAAUCUUCAGGCUUAGAAAAGAGAAAAUAUGGGUUUAAAAAGAGGAAAGGCAUUUAGGUGCACCAAAAUGCUACUCCUUAUCAUAGAGGCAUGACCACAUCAGCUAAAAAUUAGGAAGUUUAUGCAACGAUAAAUAAUAAGAAACAAGCAAUCAAUAGGUUUUGCCUUGACUGAACUCGAUAUUAACGACACGUCACACUUUUUGGUGCAAACGCAAAGGUAUUUCCGGUCGUCGCUUCUCUCCACCCGAACAGGAAACACGUCUGCGUUCGCCCGCUAUCCUUUGCAGAACUCUAACGCGAAAUUUCCCGCGAACUUAAAUGGGGGCACGAACAUAUGAAGAUACAUUUUCCUCUCUUUAUAACUUGGGAGUGGUCCCUUACAAUGUGUCCAUAAGAACAUUGGUCAUGAGCAAGUUGCUAUCACGAUUAAGUUUGAAAGAUCGAGUCUUCACUGUACUGGUGACGCCUUCGUAGUUACUUAAACUGUCCAUUCGCCUCCUUAGAAACGAGAAGGGGAUUUGAGCCCAUACGUGUCCCGCAAAUGUUUCUAGGAUUGUUACUGGGGACACGACCGUCAGCUAUUGGCCAAUUUUUUUCCCUGUUGUCAGUAACAGUCCAGAAGUCUUUGCGAACGUCAACUUGAUUGGUCUAGUUUCCUUCUCAGUGUGUAUCAGUCAAUUUUCUUCUUUUGUUGGUUUAGUUCAAUUUGCAGUCACAUUUUAUCUUCUGCCAGCUGUCAGUGUCACGACCUGGUUUCUUCCAAAGUUGGUUAAAUGUAACCCAGCCUAGCCUUUUUCUCGUCAUUAGGGACCUUACGAAACCACGACGACAACGGCAACGGGAACGUAAAAAAACAAUAGGUUUAAUGAGCAAAACAACAACUCUGCACGUGCAUCACGCUUUUUUGUACAUUUCUUUGCCUUUACUGCAUAACUACGGCGUGAAAUAACCAUAUUUUAAGUUUACUUGGGAACGGGAACGGCAAGGCGAUAAAUUCUACCAUCUCUGUCCGAACUUGAACGCGUUCCCCUCUCUUCAGCUCCAGCCAAAAUCCCCUUCUUUUAAGUAACAGGGCGAAUUGGGAUAAUCGCGAAAAAGUUUGAAAUGACGCGAAGUCUGUUUUUCAGCGACGUUUUCAUGGAAGUCGCCGUUGUCGGAUCAUAUCCAAGGACGGCGACGGUAGCGAAGACGUUGUUAAAGUUCUAUCUCUUAUUGCAAGGGCAAGUUAAUGUUGCAAAUGUAACUGUAGCAUCUUGCUGUCACCGACAGGUUUUAGAAUUCUGGAUGAAGGACAGAGAGAAGUAACAAUAGACAACUCCCUAGCCAGCAGAUUUAAGGUAGAUCCAAGACAGGUCUUAGUCAUUCUAAAUGGAAAGGAUAUAAGUAAUUCGCUUGCUCCUAUGUAAAUAUCCGUACGAAAGUCUUUGCGACAGUUAACUUAGCCCAGUUUCUAGAGUAGCGAAUUAAAUUUUAUACCAAUAGUACAUUUUCAGGUUGCUGAGCAAACCAUCAGAUCUUUAUCAAAGCAAGGCUUGGUGCACAAUCAUCCAUGCGAACAUGAGUUUAAUUAAUUUGUGUGUGAAUGAAAACUUAUUUCCAUAAUGUAUAGAUUUAGCCGGGGCUAAAGGCGAAGCUCCUGUUAAUAAAAAAAAACUUUUCAAUAAAGAAAUCCAGGUAGAGAUGAGCCUGCAAUCAGUUGAAAACUGGAAACUUGUCAGCGGUAAACUUAAAUUAAAAAGAAGACGUAACCUCGAUGGGUCGACACCUGAGCCCGCGAUACGGUCAGGUGAUACUGGUCAGCAGAUACCCUGCUUUGACAGCUGUCAACUGACCACAACAUGGAUGUGCAAUAUCAGGUUGCAGGCUCCCAAACUAGCUGGAAAGUGUAGCAUUUCAUAUUGCUUUCCCUGUAGUGCGGACGGGCGGGCGGGCUGGCGGGUCGUUGGCCGUACGGUCAUGUGACAACCAUAAUUUCUCGGAUGGGUAGGUAACCAAAUUUUCUUAGCUAUGGGGCUCCGCUAUGAAAUGACCAAUAACAGGAGUUUCUUUUAUAAAGAGGCUGAAGGCAAUCGGAAAAGGCCCAUUGUAGAAAACGAGUAGCCACCCACAAUGUGAGCACGGUCAAAGACAGAACAUUUCAGUAAAGGAAAUUGGACAACAAAACGCAAUCCACUAGGUCGGCAUGUCAACUCAACAAUCAAGGCUCUUUAGGAAAUAGGAAUAACACACAUCUUCACAUAAGCAAACUUAGUGCGCUUUCCAUCUGCCAGACCAGCCCACUGCCCAGCCAGAAUAGUCUAUUUUUAAAUUCUGUGCACAUCAGUGUUGGUUUUCAGUACUAAAUACUGCGGCUGGCAUUAUAACUUUUACUUGUAAAUAUGAUCAUAUAACUCCCGUUCUAGUUAGACUACAUUGGCUCCCUGUUUCCUAUCGUAUAAGGUUUAAAGUGCUACUGCUGACUUACAAAGCGCUUAAUGAUUUAUCUCCUGAAUAUAUAUCUGAGCUACUUAAUAAGCCUAAAUAUACCGGCAAUCUUAGAUCUCAGUCUCAACAUCUGCUUAGUGUUCCUAAAUCCAGAACUGUUACCUAUGGCAAUAGAGCAUUUUCUGUCUGCUCUCCUAAGCUAUGGAAUGAACUGCCUUUUCAGUUGCGCAUGUCGUCAAAUAUACAAGCAUUUAAAUCAGGACUGAAGGCAAUGCUUUUUAAAAUGGCCUAUCUUUAGAUGGGCAUUUGCUUUAUUAUUUUGCGUACUAUUAUGUAUUUUCUUUUGUUUUCUAUUUUUUUUGUAGUGUGUAAGUUGUAAUCAGUAAUUAUUUUUUAAUUAUAUAUAAUUGUAGAAAUUAGAAUGGUGGGAUGAAAUUGUAAAAACUAUUUUAUAGUUAGUAUAAGGUUUAAAAUUGUAAAGCGCUAUGAAUAAUUAGUAUUAAUAGCGCUAUAUACAUGAAUUAUUAUUAUUAUUAUUAUUAUUAUUAUUAUUAUUAAAAAAGAAAGAAUGUCUACUCUAUCGUUUUCAAGACGAACGGUCUUGACUUUUGGUGGACUUUUGGUAAGUGCCCUUGGUGUGAAUUAGCAGUUGUAAACUUUUAUUGUUUAUCAAUGUGAUGACUUGUCUUCUUGUUUCUCCAGGUUAACUGGACUCCUAAAGUUGCCAAAGACAUCAUCAAGCAAGGGAUUCUUCCUGAUGUGAAGGUAAUUUAUAGGACUUAGUGAAAAUAGGUUUGUAAGUGACGAUUUAAGCUUCCAUGGAGCAACAGUUGGUUAGUGCGCGACCUUCAGUGCGCAAGGUCCCCGGUGACAUCGCAUCCUUGAUCCAGCUUCUCUCCUUCCUGUGUAGCUUUAACUAGCUUUAAAUACCCCUUAAAUUAAGUGUGAUGAAGAAAGAGGGGUAAAAUGAGUGCAUUGUCGACCUCAAGUUUAUCAGUUGAGUUACUGUCAUAUCGACGUAAAAUAUGGUUUCUUUUCCUUUUCCAUAUCAACCCAUUCGCCCCUGAACCGCCCGUAACCGCCCGUGCGGAUCCAGGUCCUUUCUACCCUUUGUGACGUCAUCAGUUUUAACGGUCGAGGAAACUUUCUUCGCUAACUUGUGUAGAGUGAAGAGAUCUUUCAAACCAUACCAGAAUGAGCACAAUUCAGUCAAGGACACCGGAGAAAGAAGCAAAAAACCACGUGACAUUGACCUGAAAAUCUCCAUGAAAAUCUUGUUGCAUUGCUCACCUACCUUUCCUUUCACCUAAUCCUAAGAUCCUAAAAGCUUUCCUAAAAACUCUUCUCACCAAAAUGAAGCCUACUAAAUGCCCAGCAAGAGAAAAAAAAAACGAGGCAAGAAAAGCGAAAAAAGAAGGGAGGAGAGAAAGCGAAAAGUAAAAGUCAAGACUGCUGUGUCACUUUUAAACCCCAAACCUAUAAAAUUUUGCUUUCUGCGCAUGCCCGAACUUCGCAAGCUGAUAUUUUGCCUCUGGAUCAGAAGGCCGCGAAGUGUACGACCUGUAAACCGGUUUCUGGUAAGUUUUAGCUCUUUAUAGCACGACAGUGACCAGAAAACCACUCGACUAGCUUCAAAACGCGUUUUUCGGCAAAAUCUCCAGGAGCGAAUGGGUUAAGCUUUUCAAGCUGCUUUUGUUGUUGAAUGUUUUGGUCACUAUUUUCUAUAAAUCAAAGUUUCAGUUUCCAAACAAUGAUCAUUCCAAAAAGUAUAGAUGAUAGCCAUAGGUAAAGCGAACACAUACAUGUAACGUACGUUUUGCUGCAUCAACUGAAAAAACAUACAGUGCUCUUUCCAGGCUAAGUUUUUUGUUUUGAGGUGAAAGUAUUGUCAUUUGUGUGUUCUUUGUAGGCACCUCUUUCUUGUGAUGAACCAAAAUACUGCCAAGUUAGUAUGACUGGUGGAGCAGGACUGGAGUUUUCCUUCACGUUAAGGUAACACCCAUCACUAUGAACGUUUUUGCAAAGUAAGACUUCUUGCCAGACUUAAGCGAGGGAGAAACAACAUUGUAUAAAAGUGACAGUACAGUGGACCUUCUUACAACAGACACUGAAGCCAGGGAGACGGACAUAGCUUUAAGCCGCUUACCAUGGCUGUUAGUUGCCUGUAACUUACCUCUCAGGAUACUAAUCUCUCUUUUAAUAACUCCCUUUGGGAGUGAUUUGACUUAAGAAGAGGUUGGUUUCAUGAACGUCAAGUCAGUUUAUCCAUGCAUUGCCUUUUCAGUAUCCUUUUCUCCUUUAAAUGUGCUAAUAUCAUUCUACGAAUAUAAAGUUUUGAACUGACGUUUCCAGCCAUUAUUUUGAGCACUAGGCGAGUUGUCAGAGCCAAUUAGAGAAUCUGAGUUGGUCUUGCGAAUAUUUAGGGAAGUUAAGCAACUAACUCGACAACGGCCAUAACAACUCUUUUCACGUUUGUCGUUGCCAUUGUGGUUGUCCCUUAAGCUGGUUUAGAAAAACAACAAAGCAAUUUGUCUAAUUUCGGUCACGUCCUGUCUACAGACCCCAUGCCGACGCUCCCAGUAUCUUGAAGUGCUCAUGCAAUGAACCUCGCAUGAGAUUAGGAGAGCCUCUAGCAUCAGAUAUUAUUCUGUCAGCAACUGAUAAACAUGGCAACAAAACAGGCAAGGUGAGGAAUUUCCUUUCAGAACAUCUUUUCUUUGACAAAACCAAUCUGCAACAAUUGUUUCAGUAAUUCGUUUUAUUUUUUAAUCAACAAAUUUAUUUGAUUGUUUUCUCGUUUUCUGUGUUGUUUUGUAGUUUUCAUGGACAGUUUUUCUCGUUCAGAUUCGUCAGUUUUUUAGUGAUUCACUCCUAUUUUCUUCCGUGUAUUCUCUAGUUUCCAGACCACGUAUUGCCAGAGUUUUAUGUUUCCUCAGGUGGACUGAACAAAUUGCAUACCUUUCCUUUUAUUUCAAUUUGUCAAAAAAAAACUGUAACAUGUUUGCCAGGCUUGUUGGCCAUCACCCUCAUCAUGUUUUGCUUGAUUGUCUUGUCAUUUGCUAUUUUGUUAUGCUUCCUCCUACAGUAUUCAUGUACAAUCGUUUCUUUUUCAUUAGUCGGUUUCAAACCAUUUUUUCCCCUUUUUUCGUUCUCUGGAUUCUUUUAGCUUCCCAACCACGUCUUGCCAGAGUUUCAUGUUUCAUCAGACGGG